CAAACGCGAAGCUGAUCAUACAAAACUUAAAGAAGAUACUACUAAACUCAAGAACAAAAACACUGAACUUGAAGCCGAAGAUAUUUCAUCAUGUGAUAUAAAAACCGUUUCCCAGGGAAACGAUCGUGGUAAUAUUGAAAGUAGUGUAGAUAUUGCUUCCCAAAUAAGCAAUCAGCAAAAAACUAUUCCGAAUACUCCUUUACUAGCAGAAGAUCUUGACGAUUCAGAUAAAAUUGAGCUUACUAAAAAUCAGAAUAUAGAACUGGAUUUAAUACGAGAUUUACGGAGUGGUAGUACUAUUGCUUCACCUACCGAAGAUAAUAUAUAUUCAAAAUUAGGAGUCAUAACAAGAGUAUCAUCGUUGCUCAGAAGGAGGUUCGGAAGAUAA